AUACCAACAAAUUAUGUCGGUUGUUAAUGUUUAUAUUUUUUUUUUUUAGUUUGUUUUGUUCACAUGCGUAAAUAUUGAAAAAUAUGUGGACUUUGUUGGAAGUCAAUAAAUAACACGAAUAUGAUGUUACAAAUCUUUUUUGUUGUCAAUGGACUCUUGCUGGCAAUUCUUUUGUUAUUAGCUAUUGCAUUGUACUUUCUUCGAAAGUACAUAAAAUCAAGGAAAGCAAAGCUAGAAACACGAAAUCCAAAUGUUAGUGUAGGAAUAUUUCAUCCUUAUUGUAACGCUGGUGGUGGAGGAGAACGUGUACUAUGGUGUGCUGUACGAUCAAUACAGGCAAAGUAUGACAAUGUAAAGGUGAUUAUUUACACUGGCGAUAUAGAGAGCUCUCCAAGCAGUAUUCUGGACAAAGUAAAAAAUGUGUUCAAUAUUAAUUUAGAAAAGGAUAGUAUCACAUUUGUGUACUUAAAGUUUCGCCAUCUGGUUGAAGCAGAAAGGUAUCCUAUAUUCACCCUUCUUGGACAAAGUUUAGGAUCAAUGAUAUUGGGUUUGGAAGCACUGGUAAAAUUUCCUCCAGACAUAUACCUCGAUACAAUGGGUUAUGCUUUUACUCUACCACUUUUCCGGUUUAUUGGAUGUUGCAAGGUUGGAUGUUACGUACAUUAUCCAACUAUAAGUACUGAUAUGUUACGAAGAGUUCAGCAACGUGAAUACUCUCAUAAUAACCAUAGUUAUGUUGUACGUAACCCGUUUUUAACUUGGCUGAAAGUAACUUAUUAUAAGAUUUUUGCAAAGAUUUAUAGUUGGGUCGGAAAGAGUUCUGAAACGGUAAUGGUUAAUUCCUCGUGGACAGAGAAUCACAUUUUGGAUUUAUGGGACGUUCCUUUUAAGACGCAUCGAGUGUAUCCUCCAUGCGAAGUAAACCAUAUUAAAAGCUUACAACGGAGUGACAACCUCGAUGAGAUAAUUAUUUUAUCAGUUGGACAAUUUCGUCCAGAAAAAGAUCACCCACUCCAAUUACAAACUAUGUAUGAGUUGCGUACAUUAUUGAUUCAUAAUGAAGAUUUGUGGAACAAAAUAAAAUUAAUUAUUGUAGGAUCGUGUCGCAAUGAGCAUGAUUAUGAUCGACUUAAAAAUAUGCAAGACUUAACCAAACAUUUAUCACUGGAAAAUAACGUAGAAUUUAAGGUAAAUGUACCAUACCAUGAAUUAUUGGAAUUUUAUAAAAAAUCCAAUGUUGGAAUUCACACAAUGUGGAAUGAACAUUUUGGAAUUGGCGUCGUUGAAUGUAUGGCAGCCGGUAUUAUAAUGGUCGGUCACAAAUCAGGAGGUCCUUUAUUGGAUAUUAUAGAAACAUCGGAAGGAAGUCAAAACGGAUUCUUAGCUAUCGAUGCAAUAGAAUAUGCAAACUGUAUUUUGACUAUUAUUUAUAACACAAAAGAAAAUAAUGAGCGUAUAAGACAAGCUGCCAGAUCCUCCGUGGAACGGUUUUCUGAAAAAGAAUUUGAAAUUAAUUUUCUUCGUGCAAUUAUACCACUUUUUAACAAAACUAUAAAAAAAUAAAUAUCGUGACAUUUUAACCGAAACCCAAAA